CAAAAUAUUUAUUUUAUAAAUAAAACAUCCAAUGUAUCCAAAUGUAUUUAUAAAUAAUUGUUUAAAAAGUAAAAAUGAAUUUCGAAUUAUUAACUAGCGAUAGUGAUAGUGAUUUAGAAGUUUUAGCUAUGUUAUCGGAUUGGGAUACUAGUAGUAAUAGUGAUAGUUCCGAUAACAUGGACGUCGAGGAUUCAAAUAGCUCUGAAGAAUCAGAUGAUGAUAAUACGGUUGGUGGCGACAAUGGUAUAACAGUAUAUGGAGAGAAACAAAAUGGUGAAUUACAUUCAAAUGAAGAAAAUAAAAAUAAGCCUUUGAAAUUACGAAGGGUUAAUUACAUGCUAACUUUAGAGGAUGCCGAAUUUACUUUUACGUUUAGAUUAUCGAAGACGGUUGUAGAGCCUUUGCUUGCUGAAAUAAUGCCCUAUGUUCGCGUUACUUCUGCAAGGAAUAAUGGUGUAACACCAUUCCACCAAUUAUUAUUAACAUUAAGGUUCUAUGCAAUGGGAACUAUGUUGUCAACAGUUGCUGAAUAUGUGGGAGUAGCUAAAUCCACUGCCUGCAGAGUGGUCAGAGAUAUAUCAUCUGCUAUUGCAAUGUUGUAUGAUAAAUAUGUAUUCAUGCAUAUGGACGGAAUUGAAAAAUUUCAUAGUAUAGCCAAUUUCCCAAAAGUAGUUGGUGUUGUUGAUUGUAUGCAUGUAAGGAUAGAUUCUCCUCGUCAUGACAUUGGUGCGGAAUUCCGAAAUCCUCAAGGACAAUUUUCAUUGAAUGUCCAAGCAAUCUGCGAUGCUGAUCUUAAAAUAAUGAAUAUAGCUUGGCAAUCCGGCUCUUACAAUGACACUGUUGUAUUUGACAAUUCACCAUUAAAGGAUGAAUUCGAAUCUGGACACUAUAAAGACUGUUGGUUAUUGGGUGACAAUGACUUUCAAAACAGAUGGUACCUACUCACACCGAUUUUAAACCCAACAGCGGAAUCGGAGAAGCGUUACAACGAUUCUCAUGCUAAAACGCGGACUGCAAUUGAAAGAACUUUUGAAGUAUGGAAACGAAGAUUUCCCGUACUAGCACUCACUUUAAGAGUAUCAUUGCCAGUUAUACAUUCAGUUAUAACAGCAACUGCAGUACUGCACAAUAUUUGUAUUAUAAAUAAUGUAGUGGAUGUUCCGCCAGAGAACGUUACAGAUGAACAAGAAUCUGGAAAUAUUGAUAAUGUUGCAAGUAUAGACAAUUCUGGAUUAGAUACUGACAACAUUGACAAUCAAAUGUUGGAUGCGGGCGAACAUUUUGAGCCUGGCAAUUAUAUUUUGGACGAGGGCAAUGCUUUGGACAGUCAAGUGGUGACUUGCAAUCAAUUGAACGCAAACAACAUGUACAAUGGCAUUGAUGUAAAAGUUGUCGAUUUGCAAGAUGUCAAAGAUUUUGACAGGCAAGAUGAUUGCCAAAACCUGCCGAGAUACUGUUUUGAUUCCAACGAUUUCGAUAUGAGGGGUUUUGUUGUUAAUAAUUAUUUUAAAUAGAUAUUUUUAUAAAU